AUAGAGUUAGUUGCAAAUAAAUUUGGAAACAGAUGACUUCCUGAAUCAUUUUGGGUAUCCCUGAUUUUAAGUAAUUUGCUGAAGAUUUUUGUUAAGCAUCCCUGAAUGUGGCAAGUGAUGUAAACAUGGGAGACUGUUGGAGCAAUACUGAGGAUCAAUUUGACAACUUGGAAAAACAUACACAAUGGGGUAUUGAAUUUGUAGAGAGAUACAACAAGUUUGUUAAGGACCGAACAGACAUUGAGAUCAGCUAUGCAAAGCAGCUUAGGAAUCUUUCAAAAAAGUAUCAGCCGAAGAGGAACUCCAAAGAAGAGGAGGAACAGAGAUACACAUCAUGUCAAGCAUUUUUAGCUGUUCUGAAUGAAAUGAACGACUAUGCAGGCCAGCAUGAGGUGAUCGCUGAGAACAUGAGUGGGCUAAUAUUUGCCGAGCUGUCACGCUAUAUCCAGGAGCUCAAGCAAGAGCGGAAAUCGCAUUUCCAAGAAGGGAGAAGGGCACAGCAACAUAUAGAAAGCUGUUGGAAACAACUUGAGGCAAGCAAAAGGAGGUUUGAGAGAGAUUGUAAAGAAGCAGAACGAGCUCAACAACAUUUUGAGAAAAUGGAUAAUGACCUCAACGUAACAAAGGCUGAUGUGGAGAAGGCACGGCAGCAGGCCCAAACUCGGCAUCAGAUGGCAUCUGAUAGUAAAGGAGAAUAUUCCAGUGUUCUUCAGAACUUUAAUAAGGAACAACAUGAACAUUAUUACACAAAUAUACCAAACAUCUUCCGGAAAAUUCAAGAUCUGGAUGAAAGAAGAAUAGUCAAAAUUGGUGAAUCAAUGAAGACCUUUUCUGAGGUUGACAGACAGGUCAUACCUAUCAUUGGAAAGUGCCUUGAUGGAAUCACAAAAGCAGCUGAAUCUAUUGAUGAAAAACAUGACACGCAGUUGGUGGUAGAGGCCUUCAAAUCUGGGUUUGAACAGCCUGGAGAUGUUGAAUUUGAGGAUUUCGGUCAGCCUAUGAAACGAACAGUUUCUGAAAGCAGUCUUUCCAAUAGCAGAUCUGAUGUCAAACAAGAAACCAAAGGUGGCAAAUCCAAGGGCAAACUCUGGCCAUUCAUCAAGAAAAAUAAGCUUAUGUCCCUUUUAACAUCUCCUCAUCAGCCUCCUCCUCCUCCCCCUUCCUGUUCCUCACCUUCUGCUGUUCCAAAUGGCCCUCAGUCUCCCAAGCAGCAAAAAGAGCCCCUCUCUCACCGCCUGAAUGAAUUUAUGACCUCCAAACCUAAAAUCCACUGUUUCAGGAGCCUAAAGCGGGGGCUUUCUCUCAGACUGGGCUCAGGGCCAGAAGACUUCAGUCAUCUUCCACCAGAGCAACGAAGAAAGAAACUUCAGCAAAAAAUUGAUGAGUUUAAUAAAGAAAUCCAGAAAGAGAUCGAUCAAAGAGAUGGUUUAACAAAGAUGAAGGAUGUAUACAUCAAGAAUCCUCAAAUGGGUAGGCCAGAGAGUGUGGAUCCCAAACUGGCAGAAAUUGAGCAAACUAUUGAGAAACUGCAACAAGAGAGUCAGAAAUUUGAGGCAUGGCUUGCUGAGGUAGAAGGUCGUUUACCAGCCAAGAUUGAUCAGCCACGACGACCGAGUGAGAUGCACGAGUUGCAGAGCACUGCUGUAAACAAUUGUGCACAAGACCGAGAGAGUCCUGAUGGUAGUUACACCGAAGAACAGAACCAAGACCCUCAGUUAAAAGUCGCAGCACAGAGUGAAUUUGAUGAUGAGUUUGAUGAUGAAGAAACACUGGCAGCAAUUGGCACAUGCAAAGCCAUGUAUCCUUUUGAAGGUCAAAAUGAAGGAACAAUAGCAAUGGCGGAAGGAGAAACACUGAGCGUGAUAGAGGAAGAUAAAGGAGAUGGUUGGACAAGAGUCCGACGGAAUGAGGAUGAAGAAGGAUACGUUCCAACAUCCUACGUGGAAGUAUAUUUGGACAGAAAUACCAAAGGUACCUAAGGUGGUGUGCUGGUCCAUGAAUCACGGGGCGAGCUGCAAUGUCGUGGUAACUUGAGGAAUCCAUCUUCAGUUUGUUUUUUGCCAAUAGAUUCUUGUUAUAUACCAUACAACAUGAGCCAAAAACAGGAAUAUUAUGAUUCAUAUCUUACUGCCUUUUAGUCCCUUUCAUUUUGUAAAUAUUUUAAAGCAAUUUGAUGGAAAAGCAAUUGGCUUUAGAAGUUAUACCCUUUUUUGGUCAAAGAUUAUUAAUAUUUGUUGCUUAUACAUGAAAAUUUUAUUUGUGUUUUUUAAUAGUGUAACUUCCUUCUCAGCCACUUUUGACCUCCUGAAAUAGCCAAUUAAAGCCUUAAACACGGCUUUUUUUAAAAAAAAUUUAUAUAUAUAAAUAUUAUAAUUGUGCACUUUUGUUAUGCCUUGUUUCUGAGCACUGAGUUCAUUUUGUUUUUAUAAAGAUUCUACCCUGUAUAAUGUGCCACCAUGAAUGUUCCAGUUUAUACAACUUUAAAUGCUGUGCUGUUUUUACGUUUUGGACAAUAAUGUUGAAGUCCUCCCCACACACCCACCCCACAAUAAAACAUGGUAUCGGUAUAAACAACUACUGGAAAUCUGAAAUAAAAACAGAAAAUGCUGAUUUAAAUCUGAGUAAGAAAGGCAGACAAAUAUUUAAUCAAAACUGGUUGUCUCUCAAUAUGGUUUCUACAGUAAAACUCAGUGCAAAUGUUCCUUGAGUUCUGCCAAGGAACAAAACAGUAGAAAAGCAUUGACUGGUGAGGGUGGAAAUUAGGUGUAUUGAAGUUCACACUUAACUUGAUUUGAGCAUUUGCUUACAAUAAUUAAUUUUUGGUACAACGUAUAGAAAAUGAACCACCAUUUUUUAUAGGUACCCAUAUCAUGUUUUACGUAUGCCCAAUUUGGAAUUGGUCCAUACAGGUCUGGAAGAAAUAUGCCCAGGGGCACUUUUUUGUCUCAUUGACUAAACUUACCGAUUUUUAUAUUACUGAGUUGAAACAAACAUGUUAAAGGGGCCAAUUCACUGAGUGUACUGAUGUCAUUGCACUUCAUUGCCUGGGGUGCAGAGCAAGUAGUGACAGUGUGAGUAAAGCAUGGUAACAUUCCAAAUACAUAAGGCCACACGAAAACUCGAAUUGUAUUUUAUUAAAAUUGCAAUGAGGAAAAUAUCAUAUAUUUUUAAAAUAAGGCAUUUGGUGGAAAGUGGAUGUUAUUGAAAAGGAUUCAAAAAAUGUAUGCAGUGAUGCAGAAGUAUCACCUGAAGGAACUCCAGAUUCUUACUGGACCUAUUAAAGGGAGAAUCCGAGUGUCAGUGAUCUUUGAUAAAGGUGUACUUUUGGUCAGCAUCCCAGUUGGCAGAUUUUCAGGCUUCUCUGUUCACAUGUUCAUUCUUGUGACAGCAGGGAGGCAAGAGGUGAUAAAGAAUGUAAGAGAAAUACAUUUACACAAACAGGGAAAGUACACUAACAAAACAGUUAUAGAUAUAUUUUUUGCAAAAAAAGUAACUGUAUUUGAAAUAUUAACUGUUUUACAAAGCACUGCUUCACUGCCUUUGUCACCUGUCUGGUUUUGAAAUAAGCUGUCUAGAAAUUUCUAAAUGCCAACAAGGCACCAAGGGGGCAAUUUGAUCCUAACUUGCUAUAUCAGGCGGAACCCUGAUUUUACACUUUUACACUCUCUGUAAUAUUAUUCGUUGACUUAAAUGGAGAUUAAAAUUUGGCGAGCUAUGAAACCAACACUGGUCCCAAUCCAGUCAGUUUCCUGAAUGGUGGGAGAGGUUAAAAUUGUCCCCAUUGAACAGGGUGUAAAAUCACCUGUUCCCCAAUUAAAGUUGCUUGAUAAAAAUCUAAAGAAGAAAUAAUAAAUUGAAAUCUCUUCUUUCCUACUCACUUCUCUGUUUUAAGACCUGAAGGUGUUUUAAGGUUGUCAAUGAUUUUCAUCAUCAGCAACAAAACAUGAAUGAGAGCCAAAGCCAUUGAACUAAACUCACAUUUUUAUCCCCAUUUGGCUUUGGACUUGCCAAAAGUUGGUAACCCUACUGUCUCUGCUGUUUGGAGCACUGUUAGUAGGACACAGCAUAUGACCUGAUGUGGUUGAUUAGGAGUGGACUUGUGUAACUGCAGAUAUCAAGAUUGAAAUGUACAAGAUACACAGUUUACUCUGAACACUUGCUUAAAGAAGUGCAUCACCGCUAUUUAGCAACAGUCAACUCAAGUAGAAGGAACGAGACCAAAGCGGCAAUAGAAGAUCAAAGAACAUAUCAGUGUCCAGAAGGAAGGGGCAAAACUUAAAAUUAAGGAAUCAGCAUCGCUCCAUGGAAAUAAAGUUACAAAAUAUUUACACGUUUCAUUCUGUGACAAUAGAAAGCUUGCACUUCAGCUUGUGAUUUAACGGGACUUUUUUUUAAAUUAUUCAAUGAGUUUUGCCAAACGUGAAGAAUAAACACCAUCAUAAAUGCAACUUGAUUUCCCUUUCUAACGUUUUAAAUGCACAAAUUCUAGCUUGAAACGAAAAUGAAAAGCUUAAUUAAACAGGUACUUUGAAAACGUAAA